AUGCGUACUGCUGUUCAAAUUCUUCAAACCAUCCUCAUCGGCUAUGUCGGUGCUACUGAACUCCUAGACAGGAAUCUGGCCUAUCGUUCUCCAUUCCCCGAUGACUUGACCCUAUCCCACGAUACGCGUUCUAUUCAGCAACGCGGGAUAGCUCAUGUCAAAAGGCAGAUGACGAGCGCUGCUGGUUUUUCCGACCAACAUUAUCCCUCAUUCCACGGAGCGGACUUCAGCAACGGCGAUCCCAUUGAUACAUCAGUCAUACUGUGGACCAGAGCCGUUCCAGUCUCACCCGGCGACGGUACUUCACUACCAGACCAAAGUGUUCCAGCUUGCCUUGCAUACAACGUGUUCACCGAUUCACAGAAAUCUGCGGCAUCUGGAGAGGCCUUCACUAGCUACGAUGUUGAUUGGACUGUGAAAGUAGAAGCGAAAGGGCUUAAACCCGACACCAAGUAUUUCUUCCAGUUCUCGGAUUGCGCAAACCCGUCGUCCGUUAGCCCCGUGGGGAGCACCCGCACACUAGCAAGUCCUGAUACACCGGCGAAUAAGGUUAAUGGUGGAAAACCUCUCACCUUGGCUGUUUUCUCGUGCUCCCAAUAUCAAGCAGGUGUUGAUAGUACUCGUCUGAUCCUUGUCAACCGAUAA